GAUUUGAUACAUGCGUCUUCUGGCAAUUGAAUUCGAUUUGAUACAUGCGUCUUCUGGCAAUUGAAUUUGAUUCAAUACUCGUGGCAUAUUAAGUCAAACUUCACAAAGAUGGAAUGGAUACAGAGCGAGAGGGGUGGGCGAAAGCUCCUCCUGGGAGGAUACAUGUACGUCAAGCAAAAAGAUUUGGCAGAUGGGUACGAGGGCUUUGAAUGUGAGCUACGAAGGAACACACGACAAUGCAGAGCAAAAAUUAAGGUCAUGGGUGAUAACCAAUUCCGCGAUAGAACGGAGCAUAACCAUCCGCCUAACCAUGGUAGAAGCAAUGCUACGAAGGUUAAAGCAGCAACGAAGAGAAGGGCCACUGAGUCCAAUGAAAGACCACAACAGGUGCUUAUGGCGACACUAUGCGAGGUAACAGAGGAAGGGCGGGCAGCGCUACCAUCACUAAACAACAUGAGGAGGAAUAUCCGGAGACAGCGCCAAGAGAACCCAAACGCCCUCCCCAUUCCCAUGACUGUGGAAGAUCUGGAAAUCCCUGUAGAUCAACGAUUGACGCUGGGUGGAGAGCUUUUCCUUUAUCACGACUCUGGAAGAAACGACCCUCGCCGGAUUUUAGUGUUUACUACGGAAAGGAACCUUCAGUUGCUGUCAACGUCUGAAAGUUGGUUCGCUGAUGGCACGUUCAAGGUAGUGCCGACCAUCUUCUUCCAGUUGUGGACAAUCCACGCCACAUAUGAGGGACAUGUGGUGCCUUUGGUUUAUUGCCUCAUGCUAAAUAAGGACCAGGCGUCAUAUGCAAGGGUACUAGCAGCACUACAGGAGGGAAGGGCGUUCUACCCAACCAGAAUCAUGAUCGACUACGAAUUUGCAGCGAAGAACGCAUUUUCCCAGGCAUUUCCAAAUGCUCACGUUCAAGGAUGUCUUUUUCAUCUCUGUCAGAGGAUACAUGAACGGAUCAAGCAAGAAGGGCUGCAGGUGCUCUACAACGAGGAUGAGGAGAUCCGGACACAGGCGAGAAUGAUAGGAGCGAUUGCAUUUGUGCCAGUGGAAGACACCGUGGAGGCGUUUGAAGCCUUGGCAGGCAUUGCAAGGGCAGAGCUGCAACCUGUCCUCAAUUAUUUUGAGGAUACUUAUGUGGGUCGACCUCAAAGAGCCGCGGGACAUGGUCGCCAGGCAGCGAGGUUCCCGCCCAUAAUGUGGAACAUGUUCAAUGCGACACUGCAGGGGGAAUUUCGCACGAACAAUCAUGUGGAGGGCUGGCACCGAAGGUUCCAGAUCGGCGUCGGUGCCGACCACCCCUCGUUUUGGCAGUUUUUGACCUGCCUAAAACGGGAACAUGCCAUGAACGAAGUAACGAUCGGACAAGCGCAAGCUGGAAUGGCGCCUCCCGCACGUAGGAGAGUGUACCAAGAUACCAAUCUCCGGCUCAUCAGGCUCGUUACUAAUUACCAUGGGAGAGACAUUGUAGAUUUUUUGAGGGGCGUGUCCCAUAAUCUUCACUAACGAUCAGUCACCUAUGCUAUUGUACAGUUUUUGAUCAGUCCAGUUGAAUUGUUUUAACAUGCAGGACCUCCCAUUUACUUGGCAUUACAUUAUAUGGGAUGUUUUGUUUUACAUUAAGAGAUGCGUAUAUACAUUGUUGAAUACAGAAUGAUAUCAUUUGAUAUCUUCUUUUUGUAUGCAUUUGAUCGUUUUCAGGAUAAAAGUUUCUAUUUUUUUUAAUUCUCUUUUUUACUGUUUCAUGUUUAUAUGAUAAGCAUGAUUAGCAUCGGGCAAGCGCAAGCUGGAAUGGCGCCUCCCGCACGUAGGAGAGUGUACCAAGAUACCAAUCUCCGGCUCAUCAGGCUCGUUACUAAUUACCAUGGGAGAGACAUUGUAGAUUUUUUAAGGGGCGUGUCCCAUAAUCUUCACUAACGAUCAGUCACCUAUGCUAUUGUACAGUUUUUGAUCAGUCCAGGUGAAUUGUUUUAACAUGCAGGACCUCCCAUUUACUUGGCAUUACAUUAUAUGGGAUUUUUUGUUUUACAUUAAGAGAUGUGUUACGUAUAUACAUUGUUGAAUACAGAAUGAUAUCAUUUGAUAUCUUCUUUUUUUAUGCAUUUGAUUGUUUUCAGGAUAAAAGUUUCUAGUUUUUUUUUAAUUCUCUUUUUUUACUGUUUCAUGUUUAUAUGAUAAGCAUGAUUGUGAUGAUCUUUGCCUCUGAGUUUUACUUUGGGAUGUCAGAACUCUGUUUUUAGUACAUGACUUUGAUAAGUCUCCUCCUUUGGCUUCCUUCAAGACAGCAGGAAGGUGUUUUAUUUGUGUUAAUGUAUCAUUAAUAUUUAUCAUGUUUAUCCUCUUCAAAUAUGGUUUUGGGCAAUACGCGCCAAAAUUUGCUGGACAGAAGUUUUAUCGUUGCAGAAAAAGCUCUUCGUAUUAAUCGCAACUCUCAGUCGCGUUCCCUUACAAAUCCUAUAUUCUUUGAAAAUAGCAUGUUAAUAAUUAAUGACCUCUAUCUCUUCCAGUUAGGCCAGUUUUUGUAAACUAACAGUAAUGACAUGCUCUCAAUUUUAUUCAUGAUGUGUUCCUCCCCCCACCCCCCUACAAAAAAAUUACAUUGUGGUGACUUUCAUUUACCUCUUCUAAAUACAUUUAUCUAUGCCGGUCUCAAAUUUUGGAACUUUUCACGUAUUUGUACUAAACUUGCCCCAUCACUCCAUUCUUUUAAGCGAAAAGCGAACUCGUUUCUUUUACAAUCUUAUAAAACAUAUUAAAUCUUCGCGUAGUCAACUCGUGUUUUACUCCCCCCCCCCCACAGAUUGCGUUUGUGACCUUUCAUAUAAUGUCAGUCUUCGUCCUAUGUCUCUGUUGGAUCAUGUUCACCCAGACGUAGGAAAAGCAUGUUGUUAUACAUUUUUAAAUUAUGAAUUUAUAAUUCAUAAGUUCUCAUUUCACAAUUUCAGAUUAAUCUGUUUUGUCUCCAAAUGUAUAUGUAUUUAUUCCAUAUGUUUAUUACUACCGUCUUUUGAGGGAUCCACAUUCUACAAAUCCCGCUUCUCAGUAGAUCCCUCCAUUUUCACAGUUUUUUACUUUUAAACAAACGAAACAUCACUUACAGCACAUGUAUACAUUCUUUUGUAAUUUAAUUAAUGAUUUUCAAAAUGAUUUAUGUAAUUGAUUUCUUGUCAUAAUUGUUUAUAUUGAUAGUUCUGUUGGAAGUGAAAAUAAAACUGAAAAUUGAAACACUGUUUGAAAUGCUAUUAAAGUUAUUCACUUGUGAUAGAGAAUGUAAAUAGUUAAAAUAUUGCAUCUUGUAUGUCAAUUUACCUCCGCAACAUUUUAAGUUCAAUACCUUUUCUUUUAUAUAAAGAAUGAUGACAAAACAAGAAUAGGAUUUUCACCACAUUAACUCGUACACUAGAGAACCAUAAACAGCUAAACAAAAAAUAAAUUUUAAGCACAGUCUAAGUAGACAUAUUCCUUUGCUUCCAGAAUUCAUGAAAAGUCAAAGUUUUAGGAGACUUGGAGGCCACACUGAAUAACGUCAAACAAAGCUGGCGAGAAGCGAACAUCGUCACUAAUGCUUAAGCGUCCCUUCGAUUUUUAAUCUCUGUUAAACUCGUUAAGAACAAAAGCUUGUCAAUUUCAUAUGGUUCAUAGAAUUACCAUGACCACGUUUCAGGGGGAAAAUAAAGUAAAAAUGCCUGCUUUAACCUUUUCUGAGAUGGAGGUAGUGGAUGUUUCUAUCUUUCAUAUGGCCUAGAGUUUGAAAAAGUUUCACCAAUUAAAAAUUAGAAAAUUAUGAUUUGUUGAAGGUGCAAACACAAAUAUGCAACUCCGUGACGUGUCUUGUGAGCUCCCCGCCUAUUUGCCCUGUGCUAGAAAACUUUAAAAAAAUCUGUAUUCUUCCUUAACAAAUUUUCCACAUACA